AUGACGGUCCUUUCCUUUUCGUGUGUUGUGUUGAUCCUGGCAGUUGCCACAGUGCCAGAAGUAAAGUGUUUCUCGCCAGGGGGAGCUGUGUAUACUCGCUGGGGUCACAAGAGGUGUCCAAGAACAGCCAGAAUGGUCUACUCAGGCUUUGCUGGUGGGUCGUAUUACGGCCAUCAGGGUGGUGCGGUAGAACCACUCUGUUUACCGAGAAACCCUCAGUGGGGACGACAUGAUAGCAGGAUGAGCUCCUUCAGAGGAUAUAUCUACGGAGCUGAAUAUGAACUUCCGACAAACAUUAUCCUCUCCAAUCUCCAUGACAACGACGUGCCUUGUGCUGUAUGCGAGACUCGAAAAGGGAAGUCCGCCAUUAUUAUUCCAGCGAGAACAACCUGUUUUAAUGGUUGGAGAAAGGAGUACUCCGGGUAUCUGAUGACAGGAAGGUACUUGCAUCCGGCGGCCUCCACUUACUCUUGUGUGGACCAGCACCCUCAGGCAAUAUUUGGUGGACGGCAGAACAAUAAUGGGUAUCUGUUCUACCUAGUCGAGGGACGAUGUGGAAGCCUGAAAUGCCCCCCCCCCCCUAUAGGAACGGAUGGGAGUUUACAUGUGUCGUCUGUUCUAAAAGAUGAGACACAAACGUAUUAUUAG